AUGUCCGUUCGUUGGUCUGGUGAGUUUGAUGUGGUGGAAGAUGAGUGUCAGCCUGGGAGUGACGAUCACGUGACCACUAUGUUCCCACGUGCACCACUUGGAGGCGGCAACGGCACCAUCGACGGCGCCAUCAGUGCGGCGUUUCAUGGUUUCUUGCAGAAUGGUUGUAACACUCUGUACGAGGAUACGAUAGAGGAAAUCGACUACCCAUCUAAUAGGAAAUAA